AUGUCUUCGCUAACAGACUCCCAGGUGAACGAUCUCCAUUGCUCCAUCUAUAGGUAUGUGCAAUGGGUAUCACAGAAUAAUGGGUCUUCCGAUUUGCUCAACAAGUUGCAAUCAGUGCUCGAUAUAGAUGAGUUACAACUGUCACUUGACGACGGGGACCAAAUGCUGCUUCCGAAGAAGUGGGGGUCCAUCAUAAGGCUUCAGAGAGCUAUCACAAAACUGGAACAAAAAUGCGACGCUUUGCAGCAGGAACUUGACGACAAGACAAAACAACUCGAAACAAUUGUACCGAAGGAUACACAGAUUGCGACGACCACUGAUGUUAAUUGGCUGCCACCCGAUCACAUCUACGCAUCAAUACAGAACGAGUCCCCUGUGACAGCCAUCAAACUCCACCCAUCCUUGGCAAUAGUCUAUGUUGGUACGGAUACUGGCAGACUAAUAGCGUACGAUAUACUAAACUACACAAUACCACUAGCGGUGACAACUGCACAUUCAAAGGCUAUAACCUCCAUUGAAGUGAUAGAGGCACACAACUUCGAAGAGUUUAUUGAUUCCACCACACUUGUGUCUACUACAUCCAAGGAUGCACAGAUAAAUGUAUAUGAUCACUCUUCAAACACGGGUGAGCUAAAGCUAAUACGAUCAUUCAAUGCACACGACAGCACAGUCUCUUCUCAGAAGACAUGGCAAAAGGAUAACGAUGUUUUGCUUGCCUCAAGUUCAAGAGAUGCCACUGUAAAAGUAUGGAGAGUUAACGAUUCAAGAUGUCUUCAGUCCUUCAGUCCCCAUAGUGAAUGGGUUAAAUCAAUUGAUGUACUGGACGAGUAUAUUCUAUCGGGGUCCCUUGACUCUACACUGCGACUGACCCACUGGCCAUCAGGAAAUGGUUUAUCGGUAGGGACAGGCCACGAGUUCCCCAUUGAAAGGGUGCUGAUAAUUCCUUUCUCUGACUCUAAGAUCUGCACAUCGCCUUAUAGAGAUCAGAACGAGCACUCAGCUUUUGCUCCUCUUAGAUUUAAAUACUGUGCUUCUGCUGCUAGGGAUAACACAAUCAAAAUAUGGGAAGUGCCGCUACCCCAACUUAAACCCAACAGCGCACCAGUACCAUCAACUACAAAUACUACGUUUAAAUGCGUAAUGACUCUAAGAGGACAUACAUCUUGGGUAAAAGAUUUAAAGUUGAGAGGUGACCACCUAUUUUCAUGCAGUGAUGAUGAGACUAUUAAGUGUUGGGACUUAAAUACGGGCAAUUGCGUUAAAACGUGGUCUUCUAUUCAUAAUAACUUCAUCAAUUGUAUUGACAUAGAUAGAGAGGCCACCAUUGAGCAAUUUUCACCAUCUUUACAAAGAGAGAUAUUAGUUUCUGGAGAUAUGGAUAAUAAGGUUAAGAUAAUUCGAUAG